AUGCUGGCGAAGCAGGUGGGCAAGUUCAUCCGGUCGCUAGGGCAAACGAUCGACCGCGUCGGCGUCUCGCUCGAAGGCAGUUUGACCUACACCGAGCACUUGAACCCCUCGACCCGCGCUGUUAAAAAUCUGGGACGCGCACCCACGUUCGAAGAGGGUGUUUUUGUGGCGCCCAAUGCGUCCGUGGUUGGCGACGUGAAGGUGGGCAAAGGCAGCUCCAUUUGGUACAACGCCACAGUGCGCGGGGACGUUAAUCACAUCACGAUCGGCGAGAACUCCAACAUCCAGGACCAAGCGGUGGUGCACGUGGCGAAGAUCCAUCGUGACAUUCCCACCAAGAUCGGGAACAAUGUGACUGUGGGCCCCGCCGCCAUCGUACACGCUUGCACCGUUCAGGACCACUGCAUCAUCGGAACGGGCGCGCAGGUGAUGGACGGGUCUGUGAUUGGAGCCAAGUCCGUCAUCACGGCUGGCUCUAUUGUCACCCAGGACAAGCAGGUGCCGUCCGGACAGCUCUGGUCAGGCGUCCCUGCUCGCUACUUGCGCGACCUCACGGCCGAGGAGAUGCACUUCAUGCAGCAGUGCUCGGCCGAGUAUACACAGCUAGCCGAGCAGUAUGCUGUCGAGUGCGCAAAGAGCUUUGAGGAGUACGAAGCUGACACGGAGCGCUUUAAGAUCUUGCGGGACGUGGGGGAGACCGGCUUGCUGCAGAAGGAGGACACGCGCAAGGAUACGGGUCUUUACUUUCGUUACUAG